AUGCCGCCAGCCGGAAGGCGCAAUUCCCUCAAAGUUGGAAGAGUAGUGUUUCCUGAUGUCCGUCUCGUCGCUACGAGUGUUCGUGCAAUUCACUGGAUGUCUCAACGAGCAUCAAAAACGGUAAAGCCCGCUUUUGAAGACACGCGUGUUGCCUUUAUUGAUCUUGUCGACAAUUUGUGCCGUAUCCGGCCACACCCUAGUCUAGCCACUGGCCAAAACAAGUAA